ACGCCCGGCCGAGAGUAAACACCGCCCCGCCCCGCCCCGCCUGCCCCAUGGGUCGCAAAACUAAAAAGAAGGCUGGUGGUUCCAAGAAAAAGAAACUCAGCAAAAGCGAACGAGUCAAAAUGCAACAAGAGGAGGAACAGAAAAGACUACAGGAGGAAGAGGAAGCCCGAUUCAAAGCUGAAAAAGAAGAGUCCGAGAGGCUUGAGAAGCAGCGGCUUGAGAAGGAGAAACAAGAGAAACUUGAAGCCAAAGAUUUAGAAAGGAGAAGUGAUGAACUUGAAGAGCUGUAUUUAUUGGAGAACUGUUAUUCUGCCGCAGAGAAGUGGAGAAAAGAAUCUCAUGCACAGGCUAAGUGGGAGGAAUUCACCCGCUGUGUUGACACCCCCGACCCGACCUUACCGCGGGAGAUCAACACCUUCAUCAGCCUGUGGAAAGAAGAACAGAAUGAAGAUAUAGAGACGGUGAUGCAGAAGGGAAAAUCGGUGCUAAGCCUAAUUGAGAGGCUGGAAUUGGUCUUAAUGGAAACCCCGCUUCACGAGCUGAAAGAGAAGAAGAUGACGCUGCACCAAGAAUCGAUCGUAGAAAUGCGGGAGCUCCUUUACAGUAAGUUCGAGGUGGCAACGGAACGCCUGCUUAAACAGGCCAGCGCUAUGGUCGACCCCGACAGCGGAAACAUGGAGAAGGUCAUUCGGGGAGAAGACGUCACCUUCUGCAUCUGGGCAAACCUCAAGAAGAAUCCAAAGUACAAAAACGUCACCUUCGGGGACACCCAGAUGGGGAUGAGGCUCCCCAAGUUCCUGACGGUGAGCGACAUCGCGCUGCGCCUUCUGCACACCCACUUCGACCACCUGUCGCCGCUGAGCGCCCUGACGCCGCUCCCCAAGAUCGAGCCCCCCGAGCGGCCGGCGCCGGACGCGGACCGACCCCCGGCCCGGGAUCCCGGCCGAGCCCCCCAGGAGGGAGAGCCGGAGCCCCGGGACGACCCGGGCCGCCCGCCGCCCGCCGACCAAGACGAUGGGCUGGAGGAGCAGAUGAGUCUCGCUUUCGACGGAGAAGGGGUGGAAGAGAGAGCGGGAGAGGAGGUGGAGAAGACGUCAGCGAGGGAACGCCUUUCUUCGCUCUCAGUUCCCCCGAAAUCCCAGCUGGAAGAGUCCGAGAGCCGGUCAGACGACUUCGUCGGGGAGAACGUGGUCGAUCUGCACCAGUUCACCCCGCUGGGAGGAAUUUAUCAUCUGGAUGUGCUGCGGCUCCCUCCACAGCGCAAGCAAGUGAAAGGCUGGACUCUGGUGGAAAUGCUGAGCGGAGGCCUGCAGAGAUUCCCGUACCCGCCCCCGCCGCCCCAGGAAGGCCCCCUCCCCUCGCAGGCUUCGGACCCGCCGGCGAUAAAGGAAACGUUGGCCAGAGCGGAAAUGGAGGUGAUUCCCCCGCCCAUCACCGUCACGCUGAAGUUUAACGACAACGCGAUGUUCUUCGAGGAACCUACGGUGGCAAAAUGGGAUCCCGAAGGGAGAUGUUGGCGGACCGACGGCUUCGGUGACGUCUACUGCAACAUGGAGGAGAGGCAGCUGUCCUUCACGCUGGGGUCUCUCUGUCCCAUCGCCCUGAUGCAGGACAUCCACCUCAACAUGCCCUACCAGUCGUGGGAGCUCUGCCCCACCGGGCUCGACGCAGCGCUCUUCGUCGUCUUCACCACUUUUACCGAGCUGAAGAUCCAAAUCCAGGAAAACCGAUGUAUGCUCGUCUCAGCGACGCUGGAAGAUGAAGAAUUCGUUUCCGAUAUAACGGGGAGAUGGAUGACUCCUCUCGCCCUCACCCUCGCCAUGAGAAGAGUCGGGCUGAACGUCUUUCCUUCCGAACGGUCCCGCAAGUACGUCGGCGUGAACGAAAAGAGCCCAGGGACCGAGGUCAGAACUUAUCAACAGAUGGCCUUGAUGGCCCCGGCCCUGGCCUUCGGCUGGAGCAAGUGGAACCUGCAUUGCGGCGCCGAGAAGGUCGUGUUGAAGGUGAGCGAGCAUCUCGGGGCGGAGCCGGUGAACUCCAGAGACUGGUCUCUCUACAUGUUCGACGGCCGGAGGGCUCAGAGGCUGAAGAUCGACGAGUUCGGCCCAGCCUUCUCCGAAGAUCUCGAAGACGACACCGAGUUUCACGCCACCCUCUACCACAUGCUGAAGGAUUUCACCAGCCAAGAGGCCGCGGAAAGAAUCCGAAACGCCCAUCACCUCUUCGUCGAUGCCGUCUAUCAGCUCCUGCUCUUUACCCGGGUCCUCUCCUAUUCGUGACGGCCGCGGAACGUCGGGGGAUCGGGAGAACCGGGACGCUCGCGCCCGAGGCGGGCGCUCCUUCGCUGAAACCUUAGAAGAGGCCUAGCCUAGUUGAAGUUCUCACGUGUCACCUAAAGAGCGUCCGUGUACACAAAAUACGUUUUCAUCUCAGUAAAAAAAAAAAAAAAACAAC